UUUUGCAGGGCCAUGCCAGGACAGAGGCAGGGCUGCUGGAGUUGGAAGCUCCUGGUCAUCUUCAGCCUCCUCGGCCUCACUGAAGAGUUCGAGGCGAAAGAAGAUGAGUGGGAGGAGCUCGGCUCUGACAUCGCUGCACUGCAUCGACUCCAAGGACUGUCUGAACACAUGUUUGACGAAAGCUUUAUGAACACCUCAACAACCAGGGGAAACGACUACCACCAAUCAAGAUUUGGAAGAUCUGUGAAAAGGCUGGACACUGAAGAAAACCCACUCACUUUGCUGGAUGGAUUUCAGGACUGUGAAAACGUCACAGCUCAUGUCAUUACGAAGGAGAAGGACUUUAACGCCUUCUUGGUACAUAUCGAGAAACAGAAGGUACAAGACUGGCUGCUGGGUGCUUCAGAGAUCUCCCACAGCUACAACCAAAAGCUUCUGAUCAUGACCGACACAGAGAAAUCCACCAGUGACAGAGUCCAGCAGGAAUACAGCAAGGAUCCUCAUUACUCCGUGAAAGUCACCAAGGACUGCCUGUUCAACGACUCCUGUGUACCAGCAGCAGACAGAUACACUGUGGUCAAAAUAUUUGGAAGUGUUUCAGAAGAUGGACAAACUGUGUCUGGACUUGAUGGAUCUUCACUUGCAAAGCUGAUGUUGAAACCAUCUCUGGAAGCAGCUCCAGUUCUCUCUCUCGAUGGAAACACAACCACACAGUUCCACCAGAACUUCAUUCGGGUUUUUAUGCUCCGCGGCCUCCAAACAGUCUUAGAAACCAACCAGAACAAUCAGCAGAUUUACCAGGUGAUGGAUCGACCUGACUCAGUUUCCAGCUACAAAAUCCCACAAAGACCAGCUGAUCACACCACACAGUAUGACCACCAGCAGAUCGUAAUGAUGGAAAAUGAUCCUGUGGUCAGAAGAGCUGCUGAAUAUUUGUAUGACAAACAUCCAGCAGUUAGUUCUGUCUAUGUUCUUGAUGAAAACCAAAGACCCAAACUGAUCCACGGUGAACCAGUGUCUCUGUCAGAGGACAGCAGACUGGUGCUGGUAGGUCAUGGUAAAAGAAACAACACAGGAGAAAUGAGACUGUCAGGACACAGUUCUGGAGAUGUGGCACAAAUCAUCGAAAGGACAAACAGAGGCAGCGAUAAAAUCAAAACAACGAGUGUGGUGGCCUGUGAGGUCGGAUCAGACCAACGAUUCAUGGAAACUCUGCUGAGGGACCUCCAUGAAAAUAACAUCAAGACAGAGCUUCAUGUGAGGGACACUCUCAUCCAAGUCACACACACAGGCAAGAAAAUCACUCAGGAAAUCUCUCCAGAGGGGCUGCAAUGGAGACAUAAAGACAACAGCAAGAAAGUGGUGGCAAUAAUUGAUCGCAACGGAGAUUUAAUAAUGAGAAACGAGCCUGGAAGUAAAGGAGAGGCUGUUUUUACCAAUGAAAGAAACUUUCUGGGUGGAGGAGAAAACAAGGGCAUCAAAAAACCAGCAAAAAAUUUUAUAAGAGAAGACAGCUGGCCAGAUGAACCAAAGAGCUUUGUUAACCCAGAGGUUUUUAAGAAGAUUGACCAAAAUAAAGUUAAGAUGAAAUCUGCCAUUGAUGAACUCGAGGCUCUGUCUUGGGGAAUCUUUCACUCAGAUCAACCAGCACCAAAGAAAAUCAGUGUCAACAACCCAGGAGAAAUAAGAGAUUAUGAAAUAGGGAAAAGAGAAAAAAAGGUUAUUACUUGGAUAGAUAAAGAAGGUGACAAAAGACAAGUCCUUAAUGAAUGUUAUGAGAUUAAAUCAGGAGAAGAUGUUAAAAAUAUAAUACGUCAUUAUGCAAAGAAUGGAGAAGAAAAGACUACAUACCUGAAGAUCAAUGACUGGAUAUAUGAAGUUGACCCUCGGAAUCUGUAUGUGUAUCCAGUUGGAAAAAAGCUUGACAACAAUAAUGUAAUUGAAGAUAUUAAGACAUGCAUUGAUGAACAGGCGGGGAACGAAAGAUACCCAGACAUGCGAGACAAGAUUUUUAGAAAUGUAAAGAAUGAGGAAGAAAAAAACCAACAAAAACAAAGAUAUGCUGAAUAUGUAGAAAAUACUUUUCUUGGGGAGCACCCAGAUGUUUUUAAAGGAAGUCUGACAGGUUACAAAAGACUGUCCAUGGAGGCCUGGUUCACCACGUAUUUCACUGCAACAGUUAUAUCUGAAUCUGCGAGAAAUUUCCGAACAUUCUCUCUGACUCUUAUGGCCUUGGAUAUGGUUCAAAGCAAGGACAAUAAUAUCCGACAGAAAGGUCUGGAUUUUUUCUUUGACAAUCAUCCAAUGACAAGAGGAGGCAGUUGGAUUGACCCGAGCAGACGAGGAUUCGCAGGCUCAGCAACACAUGAAGAUUCCAGCAAAUUAACAAAUCAUCAAGAAGAAUUCCGAAAAACCGAGAAGCAGCUCAUGGGUGACCUUGUUGAACUUGUAAAACGAGAGGGUAACUUCUUUACAGAAUGGAAGAAAACCGUUGGUAAUGGUGAAAGUGAUGUGGUGAAACGCAUGACUGAACUUUCAAACACCUACAAAACAAUGACGGAUAAUUCAGACUUUCAAAAAAAAUACAAUGAUUUCAAAACAGACACCAACAAGAGUCCACAACCUGAAGAUCACAGAAAACCUUCCACAUCUGGAACACUGGGAGGAUACGAUGAUGGCUACGUCACAAUGCGAGACCUGAAUUCAGCCUCAGAAUUAGAAAAUACCUUCAAACAUGAAUCUUAUUUCUCGAGAGCAUCUGCAUCGUUGGCUGAAGACGUCCAUGCUGCACUACAGCACAAAUAUGGUGAAACUCUGGCAGGAAUGCACCUUCAGGAGCAAUCGGCCCGAAUAGAAAACGGACAGUUUGUAUGUAAGCUCGUGUCAGAGAGAGCUGGUGCUGAGCCCGUGGAGUUCAGGGCUGAUUUAUCUCCACAGAGUCAACAUUACAGUGAAAAGAUGUUGGAGAACAUUGAGACAUCAGUGCAUGAGAUGGAGCAGCACAGUUCAGCAUCCUCCCAUCAGGUCAACAAGUAUGUAGAGAAGGCUGGAACUGCUGUUGGCACUCUGGGUCUCAUGCUGGGACUGAAAGGAGCUGCUCGUGCCUUUGAAGAGGGAAACAUCAAAGAUGGUGUGAUGGGGUCUUUGCAGACGGCUCAUGGAGUGACAGCUAUGACAACAUCUGCUAUUGCAAGCAAAGCUUUGACCUCAGAGUCAAGAAUCGCAAAAGCAAUCAUGAGGAGCCCUGCAAUGAAGCGUUUUAUGACAGUUAUACCAAUAGUGGGAAUUGGAUUUGGGAUCUACAAUAUAGAACAAGAUUUGGAGAGAGGAGAUGCUCUGGGAUACAUUGAUGCUGCGUUAGAUUUUGGCAUGGUUGAGUUAGAUGUUGUUGAGCUUGCUCAGCCUGAACUGGCACCUUUCAUCGCACCUAUAAAUCUGGCUCUAUCAGUAGUGCGGAUGGCCAUUGAUGAUGUUUAUAUGGGCAUCCAGAAUGAACUGAACAGCCUCCCAGCGGACGCUGGAGUUUUAGACAAAAUAGCUGCUGUUUUUGUUGGCUUUGGAAAAGGGAUCAUGCACUUUGCUAUACAUGUGGCUAGUGUAUUUUAUGACUGGCGUUAUGAUGAAAUUGAGGAGGGACGAAGACUUGUUGCACAGAUCUCAGAUUAUCACCAAUAUUAUAAAGUCACAAAGCAACAGGAUGGAACGACAGCCAUUGAUUUUGCUGCUGGCGCCUCCUCCUGGAAUGGAGGAGGUAUUAACUUCUGCCUCGCUGAUGAGGGUCAGUCUGAGCUCUGCAUGGACUAUUUUGUUUCUCAUGAUGAGAGUCCAAGAAGACGAUGCUGGAACAUUAACACAGAUGGAAGCAAAGAUAUAAUUCUUGGUCUGGGAGAGUCACAUGGAUUAGAGCACAAAACAUAUGAAAAAAAAGUACUCAUGUUCAUACCAGCUGGAUCUGUGACAGUGGUUUCAGGUUAUGAAGCUGUUUCCUAUUCAAGGUACGGGACAUACAGGGGAAACAGAGACUCUAAUCGAUUUUUUGCAGUUCAGAAAUCACAGGACGAACAUAUGAUUGAAGUCAUGUUGAGCUACUAUUACAGACUUCAUGGGGAACCAGGGGAUGACACAUUCUUCCUCGGUCCACAGAGAAGUUAUGUCGAAGGCUCAGGAGGAAGGGACACCUACAUCAUUCCUGAGAAUGGAGGGAAAACGAUCAUUAACAACUACGAUCCCUCCAGAGCACAAGACAAUCUGCAUUUCAGUGUCGACUACAGACACAUUUCUGUGUCUAAAUCAGGAAACGAUGCUGUGCUGACGUAUGAGGGCAGUCAUACUGUAAGAAUACAAAACUGGUUUUUAGGAGAAGAUUAUCGUCACAUGAACAUGAUGUCAGGAGACGGAGUCUUAUUUGAGAUUUCCUCCACGGUGGUUUCUUCAGUUCAGCUGGUGGCCAGAGGAAUUAACAAGAUGUUCAAGACAGAAGGUGAAGUUGUUGAUGCAUCACAGCCACUUUUACGCACAGUUACAAACAUCUUUGGGUCUCAGUAUGAUGAUGAACUCAUUGGAAAUGGAGAAAGGAACCUGAUAGAUGGGGGAGGAGGGAUCAGGGAUAUUCUGAUUGGUGCUGAAGGAGAAGACAUUUACAUGGUGAAAGGCAGAAAACGUUCCUCCGUGCUCAUUGAAAAUUACUCCAGAGACGAGAAAACUGACCUGGCCAUCAUAGAAGCAAAUCUUCAUACAUUUCGAGUCAGAGUAGAAGGUGAUGAUGUUCAUCUGGUGGCUCAACAUGGCAGCACACUGCUUCAUGUUACUGUAGUGAACUGGUUCAGAUCAUCAGCACACAGACACUUGCUGUUCAUCACAAAGGAUCUGAUCACCUUCACAGUGUCAGAUAACAAAGCUGACUGCCUGCAGAGGAACAUCUUCACCACAUGUAUAAAGAGCCUCAGCAUUGACUACAGCAGCUCCCCGUCUCCUCUGAGGGUGGACCUUGAGAAGGAUGAGGCUUUGGACAGCGUGACAGAGAUCCGCGGGUCAAACUAUAACGAUGUCAUCAAAGGAAACAAAGAACACAACGUUGUCGUCCCUGGAUUAGGAGAUGAUUUCAUUGAGGGGAGAGGAGGAGAGGACUGGUACGUUAUCACAGCAGGACAAGGAGUGAAAACCAUCAACAAUCUAUCACCAGAUCUAACCAUGGACCUGCUCUUCCUUAAAGAACAAUAUCAGCAUAUAACAUGUAGAUGUGAAGGUCAGAGCAUCAUCGUUCAGGUACAGGGCAGAAGAACUGUUAUUUUACAGAACUGGUUUAAAUCAAAGAAUUAUCAGCACCUGCAGAUCAAGACCAGUGAUGGAAUAACAGCUGGACUGAAGCCCAGCAUCAGCAGCUGUGGAUGGGAUUUAAUGCUGCCUUUAACCAUCGACUACAGAAACCUGAGUCCUGAACUACUUCCAGUAAACUAUGACAAUCUAUGCAUGUAUUUUUAUAAAAAGAUAGUUUACUCAGAUCAAAAAGCAAGGAUUUAUUUUGAUAGAGGCAACUGCAUGCACUGGGGGAAAGUGAUGAUUAUGAAUGAUGUUGAAUCAGUGAAAGAAAUGUACGGCUCCUCAGGAUUUGACAUCAUGGAUGAGUAUUCAUUUCAUCCACACACCGGGAGGGGCACUGAUGAUAGGAGGAAACUCAGUGACUCAGUGAAAGAAAUGUACGGCUCCUCAGGAUUUGACAUCAUGGCUGGAAACAGCAAUGAUAAUUUACUGGAUCCACACACCGGGGGGGCACUGAUGAUAGGAGGGGAAGGCAAAGACACCUACAUAAUCAAACAUGGGGAUGAAAACAUGGUAAUCAUUGAUAACUUUGCAGAAGAUCAGAAAACUGACACUGUGCUGGUAGAUAUGGAUUUCCUUGAUGGAAGUCGAGUCAUACUGUACUCAACAGUUUUAAUGGAACCAACAAGAAAGGAUGUUCAUGUUAGAAUCAUGAAAAAUGAGGAAAGAUUAGAAUUCAUUCUCCGUAAUUAUGCUAAUGGUGAAAAACAUCAGCAUCUAGAAUUUCAGAGCUCUGAUGGCGUCCAUUUCAAACUCAAGUCUCUAAACUCAUCUGAAGACGACUCUUUCUAUCAGGUAGAAGCUUUCAAAGUGACUCUCACACAGUCUCCGGUGGACUGUCGUUUGGACCUCAGCGCUCAGAGAAAUCUGUCAGAGGUUCACACAGUGCAAGGCUGCCCCUCCCAGUCUAAUGUUAUAAUAGGCAACAACCGAGACAACGCUCUGAUUGGUGGGUGGAAGGACGACGCCUUGGAUGGAGGUGAUGGAGAUGACACACUGGUAGGAGGAAAUGGAGCUGACAUCCUGAUUGGUGGGAGAGGAGACGACACUCUUUAUGGUGAAGAUGGAAAUGACACACUGAUGGGAAACUCUGGCCGGGACGUCUUCCUUCCUGGACCAGGAGCUGAUCUGGUGGACGGAGGUCCAGGCAGAGACUCGGUUCUCUAUCGGGGUGAUCAUGAGAAGGGUGAAGGGGUGUAUGUUAACCUGCUGACGGGCCAAGGCCACCACGCUGACGCUGAGGGCGACGUCCUGAAGGAUGUGGAAACUGUGAUCGGCACCAUCUAUUCGGACAUCUUAGUGUCUGGUUAUGAAAGUUCUCUUCUCAAAGGCUCAGAUGGUAACGACAUCUUGGUGUCCACCGGUGGAGAUUAUCUGGUUGGAGGUGAUGGAAAUGACAUUUACAUGUUCACUUUCAGCAACGGCUCAGUCACCAUAGACAACUGUGCGACAGACAACGCCACAGAUGUUCUGUACCUGAGCUCAAACUCAAGUCCAGAGUUUGAUUGCCAACUAUUAUCCGACCGAGUCCUGCUGACCUUCUUUGGAUUCGAUCAAUCAACUGUAAAAAUUGCACUGCGAGGCUGGAUUAGUGAUGAUGAUGAAUGUGGUCAUUUGGUGCUGGUGUUCAGGGAGGUGGAGGCGUCGGUGGACAUGCUGCUGCAAGAGUGCCAGUAUAGAAAGAAGGAAUCACUUUGGUCAUCGAUCAUAACCCGGGCUAUCUGCAUCACUCUUCUUGUCUUCCACUUGGCUUUUGCUUUACAAGGGUCUCGAAAAUUAAUCAGAAAAGCACAAAAACCAAAAAGACAAAAAGAAGAUGAAACUAAUGUUGAAGCAGAGUCAGCACCAACAGUAAUGUAGACCACUGCUGCUGCGGGUCACACGUUCUUUAAAUAUGUGAUUUCACAAAUAAGUUCUUUUUAUACUUAUAAUUAUACUCACUUUGCUAGUUACUCUAAAUGUUGAGCUAAUCAUGAGUAUUCUUGUUUUCUAAAGUCUAAAUCUGUCACGUUUAUUAAUCAACUGCAAACUAAAGGAAAGUUCCUGUAAUCAUAGAUCCUGAAUGUGUCUGGUUCAGUUACCCAGAGUAACCGAGGAGUCGUUCAGCUUCAAACAUCUUUAAAUUACACAAAGUCGACAAACUGUGGACAAACGUGCCGAAUACCAAAGAAAAGAACUGCACUUGGUGUCGUUGGGAUUUACCACCGUGGAUAAUUAGACACUGUUUGUGUGAAUUUCACAGCUUGAACAAGCAAGUCGAGUUCUUACCAAACAUGUACCUGACAUAACACUGAUCGUCUUUUAUUGCUUUUAUUUACUGUAACGGCUGCAAAUUUCUGAGCUUAUUCAGAGGUGGAGAGUGUGAGCUGUUUUGUUAUGUGGACUCAUCUCCCCACACCAUUAAGAUUUUUCAUGCUAUAUAUUUUGUAAUAGUUGAACAAUAAACAUUUACUGUCACUGAUUUGUGCUGUGUGGUGAUGUUAGGUGUAACCACCACUCUGAUCCAUCCAUCUAUUCACUUCCACUUAUCCUUUUCAGGGUCGCGGGGUCACUGGAGCCUAUCCCAGCCGUCUUAGGGCGAGAGGCGGGGCACAGCCUGGACAGGCCGCAGUU